UUAUUUUAUGUUUUAGUUGUGGGAUUCAGUGGGUGAAUGUCAAGUUGUGGACGGAUUGUUAUUCUACAGAUCCCCUGCCUCACAAUUGCUAAUGUCUGUUUCUCUGUAUUCGCUGACCAUAACCGUAUCUCUUUUAUAAUAGAAUGGCAGACAGUCCUGCAAAGCACAAUGCACUCUUGUGUUUUGGCAGGAAAGGAUGUUGACACAAUUCAAUCAUUCCGAGAAACUCUCUGAAUCAAACUCUCUUUGAUAGUCCUGACUAAUUUGGUUUUUCUAAAACAGGGUGACACUGAGAAUCCCUUCAAGUCAUUGAAGUUUGCAUGGACUGUGAAGUUCCUCUUGUGAUGCAACUUGUCCACAUCACAGUUCAUGUGCUUCAGGGAAGUUCAAUUAGCAAGCUUUGCUUGCACGGUUUUCGUUUCUGGAAUAGAUGAUUGCUUGAAGCUGUCUGUAUCUGUGGAGAGGUAAGGUUGGGACGAUAUCUGGACGGUGAACAGAAGAAAAAAGACGGAAAAUUGAGUUUUAUGUAUUCCGACAGUAUGAUUCCUCCUUACGCAACAAUGGUGGAUCCGCCUGUCUACGAGAAGCGUGCCGACGCUUUACUCCCACCUUGGUUGAAGGACGAACCCGAAAUCGUAACCGGUCGCAGCCAUGAUCCAGAUGCUUUUAUGCCCUGCAACUCACAAACUGCUCCAUUCGCUACUUUUCACAACCUUCCGAGUCCCCUUGAGUACGAUGGACCAUUGACUGAAGCACCAUGGAACAAAGAGACACCAGUGAACCCCACUUACCGAGGCCCAUACCCCAACGAAUACCGUCAUUCCUCACCGUUUGCUAUUACAGAUAAUUACAAACAGCCACCGCAGCAACUUCGAGAUAGAGACGAUGCGCCUUGGGACAAAAAAUUGCCUGAUCAGAUACCAGUCCGGGGUAGUGGAGUCCAUGAGCAUUCCAAUUUGCCAUCCUCACAGACUGCCCCGUUUGCGACGACUGAAAACUUCGAGCAUCAAAAGCAGUACGACGGGCCGAUGCCGGAUGCUCCAUGGAAUAAAGACCAGAGGCCAGCCUCUCAACAAAAAGCGCCAAAUGAAGAUUACUCGAAGAACGUCCCUUACGCAACUGCUGAAAAUAUGGGUCAUCAAGAAAAGUCAACAAGGGAGAUCGAAGUAGCUCCAUGGAAUAAGUUCCAGUCUCCCGUAAAUUCAGGCAAGGGCAAUGAAUACCACGGGCCUACAGGCUCCGCCAACUCUCACACAGCUCCAUAUGCUACCUUAGACAAUCGCACUAUUCCAAAGCCGAACAGAGCUGCGGGAUUUCAAGCGCCAUGGGAUCGAGAUGAAGUGCAUUACAAAAGGUUUCCACCGCGAUUCGUUUCUGGAGAUGAAGGCUUCUUCAGUGCUCCCUAUGCAACGGAACCUAGAUGAACUUCCGUUCUUGGAAAGGUAUAGCUGUGGAGCUUUCAUGUGAGCGCGAUACUGUGAAUUGGGUGCUUGUGGCUUGAUGAUUUUUCAUCGUGACAAUAAUCGAUGAGCUAUCAUUGUCAAGUUUAUAGACAACAUUGCUGUGACUCUCGGUUGGCGAGUCAAGUAACCAGACACCCGAAGACAUGCAACUGCUUUUGAAUAAGUUUAGUAGUCGUCAUUGGUGGAACUCUCAGAAACCAACUCGUUGCAAAGGUAAUGCUAAGUUCAGUCGAUUCAGAAAUCAAGCGAGAAUGCACCACAUGCAAAUCACAACAAUUCUUUAUUGCAAGAAACUCGUAAAGGCGCUUGCAGGAGAUUUCUUGACUCCCGUAGGAACACCAUGAGCGUCACAAGCGUGAAAAAUAUAAAUAAAAAGAAUAUUGUAUUUUUGCAGCGAA